AGUGAAUUUCCAAAAUUAGAAGUACAACUUGUUCCCAGCAUUAUUUUUCUUCUUUGUCUCAUUCCUCACCCGAGGGCACUGCAAGUGCAGUGAGUAAGGCGAUUCGUUGUAUGAUUUUGUUCGCGAAACAAAGUAAGUAUGCAGUUGUGAUUGAUAUCCAUAUCUUUAUCUCAUUUUUCUACCUUGGAACCCUUGUCAUAACCAUAAGCGACUGAUUCUGAUUGACCACAUCUAUGCACAGCAUCCUGGUGAAGAAGAUGUGUCGACUUUUUUGUUACCUCGGUUCUACUUCCCUCCUGGCGGCGUACUACCCCUGGUGUGGGUGGUUCUUGCGGCCAGUUCUUGGUGUUGUAGUUGAUCAGGAGCUCCUGCACGAGAAGUUUUACGUGCAGGUCCCGAUCCUGGAGUCCAAGGUUAGCGUCCACGGCGGACAGAUCAAGGGCCCGCUGUCCUUCGACUGGCCCUGCGAGUUUCUGCCGCUGCUGCCGGACAUGAAUGCGAAAAUCCGCGCGGAAAACCUGCUCUACAAGCAGCUGAAUCCAGACAAUGAACCGGACAAAUUCAGCAUCGCCGACGCUGAAUUUAUGUUCUCAACAUCAACUACUUCUGAUUCUGAAGGCCAACAAGGAACUACUACGAGGACCGCCUCCUUUCGGCUCCGCGAAACCCGAUGUUUUUACCAAGGAGAUGUGGUCUACCUACCGUACGCAGCCCCCGGGGUCGGGCACGCAGACGCAACGCAGCCCGACCAGCUGCACACCGGGGAGGUGUACCGCAAAGUUGGGCGGGAAGCUGAAAGAGACACCGAACCCCUCUCCACGGGGGCGAAAAUUGCAGCUGCUCGCCGCGCGGAAAAAUUUUGCGACGGCGAUGCCGCCCCAUGUUCUUUUUUGGGCGACGUGGGUGCCCAGAUUGAACGCGUCGAGGGGUCCAGCGCAAGGAAGGCGCUAGAGCUCUAUCUCGGAACUAUCAAAUGCAAAUUAUAUCGAUCUGCGUCUAGAAGAACAAUGCGACUGUUUGUCAUGCUUCUUUUUUGUUGACCACAUAGGAUAAGUCUGGAAUUAUGCCGCGGACGAAAGCCACUGUUGCGAAUGCUUUGCAAUGCCUCGUCUCCCACUUGAGAAAAUCGCUUCUUGCGUCGCAGGAAUGGAAACGAUGUGGGUAACUGUUGGUCGUCAACAUGCAACAGCACAACAGAUUUGAAAUUGUUGUGUCACGCCUCUGCUGUCGUACUACCUUGUUUCCAGAUUCAGACAUGUUUGCAAUGGAUAGGCGCUCGGAUUGUGCGAAACGGCCGCGGAACAUUUACGAUGGAGACGCGUACAUACCGCAGCGAUGGGACCGAGUAUAUCGAAAGGACCAGAUACGAGUAUUCCGGUGAAAAGCGCCCCUCUUCCACCUCCAGCACGAGUCGUUGGAAACGUUUGUAAUGCAUAAGAUUGUUCUUGAAGAAAAAAAUUUUUUUAUUCCAAUUAUGCACGAAAUUAUAUAUACGUCGAUCUUAGCAGACGCUGAUCCAAUUUCUUCUAGACUGUAUGAAAAUAAAUGAACAUCCACCUUUGCAUGACAUUGACAAGCACUUCUGAAAGUUUUGCAACACAAAAAAUUUUUGCUAUAUAAUCUGCAUUUCUGCAAAUACCUGACCCUGACGCUGCUCCACGCGCCGCGGUGGAAGCUUUGCGAUGCAAAUCCUUUCUUUGUAGUUCUGGGGCGAGAUAGGGGCGCUUUUCAAUAUGAUAGCGUGGGAAAGUGGUGGAAUGAUCGACCGCAGGACAAAGAGGGGAAGUUGGUAUAACCCGCUCAGGUGCUACAAUCUCAAACGUUGCAAUAGAGUCUGGGAUUUGUCUUGCAUAUCCAACAUGAGUAACAGAGAGAGGCAUGCGCUUUUCGCAAUACAAAUUGCGCUGGAUUUCAGUGCAGUUUGGGGCUCCAGAACCCGUCAUGCGCACUGCUGUGGGAGUAGGCCAGGCCCAGGCGUUGCACGUUUUGCAUCACAAAAUCCAGACUCUAAUUGUAACGUUUGAGAUUGUAACAUCUGAGCAAGUCAUAGUUGGAGGUGGAGACUUUUGAGGUGCCGGUAGAACAAGCACCGCGCCGGAGUCUUGGUCGUACCGUUACUACUGCCAACUGGCAGAACGGAUGGCCCCUGGACGCGAGACUCAGCAUGAUAAACGGCGUUCACGAUGAUCUCGACGUAAUCGUGACACUCGGCAAGCGGGUCGGUGAGGUGUCAAUUAAAGGUGCAAGUGGACGAGGCGAGAUCAAUAUCCCGCCUUUGGCCACCAGCUCCGCAAGUGCUCCGCCACCUGCCCAAGGUGGAACCAUGAUCCUGCACCACAGGUUUCUGCAUGCUUUGGACUUUGUCCCGUGUCCGGUGGAAACGUGUCGUCGUACUUUUUGGGGCGAUGAUGGAGCGGCCGCGCAGCACCGCAUUUACACAGUGUACGCGCCUGUGGACCAUCAUUUCGGGAGGGGACCAGAAGGCGCGGUGCAUUUUGCGCAUGUGAAGUGGUGGAAUCAUGACUACACAGCAGGAGCUGCAAUGGGACAAGAAACAGUGGCCAAAGCCAAACAGCCGCUGAGUGGGCAGUAUUUCGGGGAGAUGAUAUUGCACAACCCGAAAGAACCGAAAGUAGAGGAAGACCUUGUUCCGGAUGGAUUGGGGUGGUUGCAGUACCAGGUACCUGUCAAAGAAGUUGAUGAAAGGGGCCGCGCGGUAUCUGUGGUACAGCAGCACGAAGUAGAGGGUAUCUUCAGUGAAGGAGACCUCUCCCGAGGCGACUGGCGGAUUCUCCCCGACUCGCGCAGCCGGUCCGGGUACGGAUAUAAUCGAAACAGGGAGAGAUACUUCUACCAGGGAGGCCUGACCAUGAGCUCCAAUAAGGCUCCUUGGAUUUUUGCCUCCUUGCGGGCGGCGCAGCCGAGGGGCGCAGGGGCCGUGUUGGAGUACAAGUACUCGGAAAAGGGCGUAAUGUACAUUUCACGCGCGAUCGUCAGUGCGAACUGGGGGCAACCAAACUACGAGACUGGGCAAAUGUUUAACGUGGCUGCACCGGGAAGUCGUCGUGGUGCUGUGAGAGAAGUGCAUCAACAAGCCGAGAUAUUAAAUCUCGUGCCCUACGAGAUUCGAGUCACCAGCGAGCUUUACGCGUACCCGAAGGAUAAUCCAAUUCCCGGAAUAAGCGAGACGAAAUGGGUCAUGCAGAACGCGUUCCAGCCCUUUCAGGUCCCCCGCACGGCGACUGAGCACAACACGUUGUACUUUCGAAAGUGGUAUCACAAAUGCAGAUCUGUCUGGGUCUCCUGUAAGACGAGUUGUAGUACUACGCUGCGUUCGUUUUUGUCAUGAUGCAUCUCGUGCUGGCCCAACUACCAGAUAGUUGUCUGGAAAAGUGCACGACACAGGAGAAGCAUCUUCACAGAUUUAUUUUGCACAGGAGGAACAGCUGCUAAAUGUCUAAAAUCUGUGGUAUGAGAAGAUGAAAUUCGCCCUUUUCUUCGGAAAAAAGUGGUGGGUCGUAACCUUGAGACACACAUUAUCACAAUGAUCCAUAUUUGGCAUUACUUUCUACUCCUAGACCUAGACGUAUUUGCAAUGGUGCAUAACUGGCAUUGGCGCGACGGCGAUUUCCAGGAGAUCGAGGGGGCGGCCAACAUCGCCCGGCCCUCGAAAGGAACACCCAUGAUUUUCUUCGCAGCUGCAGCUGAAGCUGGAGACGAGAUUUCCAUUAUUGCGAAGCGGACGUACGCCCCCGCGGCUUCUGAUCCAAAAAAACAACAGCUACACGCGCACAAGAACGCGAUCCGGGGCUUUCACCCCUUGAGAAACCUGGACGCACAACGGCUCGAAGCUGCAGGAGAUGAUGAUGACGACUUUGCUCUUUCAAAUCUCGCGUAUACCUUCGCAAACCUGCAUCGGCUGCGCGCGGACAGGCCUUUGGCUAAGGCGGUUGCAGAAGCUAUGCAAUACAAAUUUCCCGUACAUCAUGAACAUGUACAAAAUGCAUUUACAAAUUUCGCUACUUGUAUGUACUUUUGACGAGUGUCAAACUUGUGAUGCUGACUAAGAUUGAGGGCAAGUUUUGCUAUGCAGAAACAGCAUUGGUUUCCGUGUCCGGGAAAUUUCCAGUGGAUAGAAGCUGAGCGGCUCCAAGUGGACUUGGCGGAAAUACAAAAGGUUUUCUUGCACACCAAAGGUUUGGUACUAGAAGAAAAAGAAAGCUUCUACACCGAACCUCACCGAUCCGCAGUAACUCUGGUGGAUGUGCUCACGCCGCAGUGGCAGGCUGACAUGCUGGUGGCGCCGGGCUACAUGGGGCGGCUUGAAAAACAGGGUACGGGAACAAGCUACUUGUACUACGCAUUGCCAAGAAAAGUAUCCAAUACUUGUCUAAAUGCCAGAAUUGCGUGACAAAUCAGCAUGACAAAUUCCAUUUAUCAACACUAUGAUCACGUUUCGCAAAUUUGCACUGCGAUUCAUACGUAGUUAGACGUACUAAUACGAUUUACUUUUGCAAUGCAUAUGCACGGUCGCGUGACAACGGAAACCGGCGACGCGCUGGAGGGCUUCGCACUGCAGCGAAAGUACACCGCCUCCGAGUGGGCGCCGACACUGCCACCUGUACUGGUGGCGGGGCAAGAGGCACCAUGGGGGACAGCUGCUGCUGGCAUGCCAGGUGGAGGUGAUGAUAUUCACAAAAUGAACUACUUCGCCACUGCCGUGGAACGUGCGACCGAGAAGUUUUUUCCCGGGGAUGGUGCAGCCUGGCAACAACAAGAAAAGCACAAGCACACCGUUGUCGGGCAAUUCGUGCUGCGAAACUUCAAUCUGGGGCCGCUUAUCUCUAGUCUGCACGCGAUUCCCUGUUUUCAAACAUUUCAUCAGCCUCCUCCUGCUGGUAGUAGCCCACGAUCAUCAGCAGUAGAACCCAUUGUCGAGUGUCGCAUGGUCGAAGGGGUGGCGGACAGUUAUGAACUGCAAAAGUACCGUACUAGUACAAAUUGCAAGCAAUUUUGCUCAGCAUGAGAGUUGGAAUUUGUCAUGCUGUUUUACCUUCAGGACAAGAUUUGUCAUGUAAUUGCAAUUAGUACGAAUGCGAUAUUACUUUUGCACAGGAUAACAGUCGGCGGCUUGCCAUUUACGGCGAAGAUGAAAAGGGCGGGGGCCAAAAAUUUCGCACACUGCGGGGAUCGUAUGAAAAAAUUAAGAUGUUGACUUCGCUGGGCUCGUCUCCGACCAAUUUAAUAGCUUCAGAUUUUCUCGGAGGCACCAGCAACACCUUGGAUUUCGAUUUUCGCAAAAUCCUAUUGGACCAUGGCCGAGGAGCAGUUCCUCUUCCUAGCGAAUUGGAUGAACAGGGCCAAAUCAAGGCCCAGAAAGCCCUCCUGCGCAAGUACAAGCUGUGGAACAAAUAUCAGCAAUUUAUUCGCCGACGUGACGACCACUUGCACGAGGCGGAUGAGGAGUUUUACAUGGUUGGCGACCAUUUGUUCACGCGGGAAGGGUGUCCGGGCUGUACCGAAGACGUGCGGCAGAAGCUGCUUCAGUCCGUGUUUGCGGUGCGCGACCAGGAGAACACGGGUACUUGCUACGCCUACGCGGCAGCCAGCGUGGCGACCAUCUACCGCAGCUUGCACUACGCGAGGGAUAGAGCCGAGCGGGCGCAGUUGCUUGAAACUACAGGCUAUGAAAUGCAAAAGCAUCGUACUAGUAUAAAUUGCAUUACAAAUUGACUUAGCAUUACAAAUGAAAUUUGUCAUGCUGUUUUACCUUGGGAAAGAGAUUUGUCAUGCAUAACAGCAAUUACUACGAGCACGAUACUUUUGCACAGGAUACAGGCGCCUCCGCUGUCAGUUUCCCCGCCGACCUGCAGCGGCUGAGCACCAAUCUGGACCGGAACCGGCGCACGUCGGGCGUGGCGUAUUACGUCAACGGGAAAAUGAGCGAGGACGAGACGGUCAUGAGUCCGGGCAGCUGGUGGAAGAACGACGUUCGCGUGGAGCCCGCAGUUGUUCCAGGCGAGCAAAUCCAGAUUUCGGACGAGGAGCCGCUAAAAUGGGACCUCCGCGAGGGUUAUCCCGCGAGAAAUGAACGUCCCCUCGUCCCCACAGUUUUGAUGCAAAUCUGCAUGCUUAAAAUGUUUCUUGUGCGGAGUAGACAGCAUUUAUUUCUAGUGAUGUUUUGAGAUUUGUGAUUCUCGAAUCAGCAUGAUGCGCGAGAUCUUUCAUGCUGCUAAACUAACGAAAGACGACGACAUAUUAGCGAGCCCAAAUUUAUUGUCAUGCGCAACAAGCAAAGCUUGUAUUUGUGUAGCACAUUUCCAUCUUGCCGAUGGGAUGGGGACGUCGAUGUUUUUACUCAGGAUAAUGCUGGCCGGAUUGACGUGCCAUUGCUGCGGCUUUUUGGCGGGUUUCGCUACCUGGAGAAGGAAGCAGAUGUCAAGCACCACUUGCGGCACUUUGGGCCUGUGAUGGUGGUCUACGACGACGUACGCACGAACCCGUUUUCGGGGGAGACCAUGUCCCAUGCAAUGGCUGUGGUGGGGUACUUUGAAGAGAAGGUGCCCGGCCCGGACGGAAACACCGUCACCAAAACCGGCUGGAUCCUGAAGAACAGUUGGGCAACAAACCCCUGGUUUUUCACCCUGGGCGAUCCGGAUUUCGAAAAAUUUUUUGACCCCGAACCGGAAAGAAAGCCGGCAAAACCCUACUUCCUCGCACCAACCAUGGUACCGUAUCGAGAGGGAAAAAAGUGCCCCCGCGCCAACCGAUAAUUCAAUCGGAAUAAUAGUGAUCAUCUCGAUCGAGGAAAGAAAUGAAAUUUGCAUCAUCCCGCGUCAACUCAACCGCUCCACGUGGUGUGGCGUGCCUUGUGGGUCUCAGCUAGGACGAGAUCUAUCACGUUGCGUCGUAAAAUUUAAAACUGAACUUGAGCUUUGUCGCCACACCACUUCGCUUCAAUAUUUUCGUUCAAGAAGCAAGAAUGGUAGAAUUUCAUAUAAAUUUGCGCAGUAUUUUUCCCUCCAUAUUGAUCCGAUGAAAUUUGUUGUGGAUCCGAAGGAGAUCCGUUCGCCAGCUUCGCAUCAGGAAAUAGUAAGUAAAGAGACGGCGCUUCUGGAGUCUACGGGGCUGUCGACGUUGUCGCCGCUUCAUCCGCUACGUACGGAUACUGCCGAAGUAGACGGAAACAAACCCCCCAUCGAUUUGACACGCCUCCCGCCCAUGCCUUUGUUCGCAGGUUCAUCUCGUCCACGACCCAAGAAACUCGCUAAUAAGGCGCUGCCGUCUGCGGCUAGUAGCCCUGUAUCUAGAACGAUGGUGUCACAACCGCUGGUCAAGGAGCCAGCAGAGCGUUCUCCGCCGGCGGAACAAAAAUCAGCUCAGAGUCGCAAGAACAGCGAAAGAACACGCCGCCGGACAACUCGUCGAAGGAGCAGAAGUAGGAGAGCGACAUCGUAUGAAAUACAAAAUUCAUUUCAUGUAGUGUGUUGUUGUGCCGGGAACGAGAAAAAUUUAUGCAUCUCGUUCCAUCCAGUGCCCUUGCCAAACACCACAAAUUCUUUACUUCUAUCUAAUACCGCUUUUUAGCUAUGCCUAUGACGGGCACCAUGCAAGGCGCAUUCCUCUCUGCGUAAAAAUGCAAUGCGUUUCCAGCAUGGUGCAUUGUUCCGUUUAAAUGAAAUCUAGUAGCACCUUUUCUAUUCCCGGCCCAAGCGUAAUGUCACGUUUAAUCCGAAUACUACCGCUCCCGCUAGCAGACAAACAAAGCCGGGUCCUCAUCUCUCUCUACGCCACCAGCCCACUGGGAGAAAGGGGAGAAACCGAUCCCGAUCGACCUCGACCGCUCCGGGCACAGCUGAGCGCGUGCCUACAGGAGAAGACGCGCACCACGGGCAAGAUAGGCCGCGCGGGAGGUCCCGCGGGAGGACUUCUUCCCGCGAGGGUACGAGGAAUGGAGACAGACGAGAUCGUGAACCACGACCAUAAAUGAAGCGACGGGGUUCUAGAAGCACUCGGAAGUGAAUGAGAAAUCUGAAUCUGCUACGUACAUCUUAUUUCAAACUCCCCUCGCCGGGGAUUUUUUACAGUGAAUUUCAAACUUCUCGAUAGCUCUUGCACUUUUCCGCAGCUCCGCAUUGAAGACAAAGUGUGGUGCGGAUAUUGCUCUGAAAAAAGUGCGACUGCUCGUCUUUACUGCGUGUUUUUACAGUCCAGUAAACAAGUAGCUCUUGUUAAUGUACUACUACGAAGUUUCCUUUUAAACAAACGAACGACCAGCGACUUUUGCUGUUUCGGAGAGGCGGGUAAUCGUGAUCUUUUCAUAAUUAUAGUGGACAACGCCAUGAUUGUCCAUCUUCAUAUUUGUGCUCUCUUACUUCUUUCGUCUGCGAGUUGAUUUUCUUCCUGCAUAUUUUUUACAAAUGACCAGUCUAUAAAUUUUGCCGGCUUUUGCUAUUGGCUGAAAUGGAAAUUCAGACAACUGCACGUCCUCUUCUAUCUACCUUCUUUCUAAAUGGUUUGCACAAGAACUCAACGUGAACGUGAG